AAGUUAUUAGAAUGACUUUUGGGGCGCGAAAACAGAAAGUAAAAACUCGGCUCACAAACUUGUUGUUGUGUUUUGAGCCGUUGAGCCGCUUCAACAUUUACAGCAGCCACUGUCGGCCUCUCCAGCCUUUCCCGUCGCCAUGUGUGAAAAGAUGAAAAGGGUGAACCAGUGGCUCGGCGCAGUGUUUGGGGAUCAGACUGUGCCGCAGUUUGAGGUCAACACCAGGACGGUAGACUUACUGUACCAGCUGGCGGAGGCGAGUGAAGUGCGAUGCAGCAACACAGCUCUGCUCAUAGAGGACCUCAGACAAAAAACUGCAGAGUAUCAGGCUGACGGUGCUCAUCUCCAGGAUGUGGUUCUCCAGGGAGUUGGCCUGUCUAGUGCCAGCUUGUCAAAGCCUGCCUCUGACUACUUGUCUGCUCUAGUGGACAAUGCGAUGGCUCUGGGAAUCAGAGACACAUCACUGGGCAGCUUUUUUCCAGCAGUCAACGACCUAACAAAUGAACACCUGGAGGCAGAGAAGUCAGAAAGGAGACUGGAUCGGGAGCUCAGCGCCCUCAGAAAGAGACUGGGCACCACUCUGGUCCUGCGAAAGAACUUACAAGAGGACCUGAACAAAACAGUGAAAGCUCAGGAAGUGGAGAGCGCUAAAGCAGAGGAGAGGCUGCUCAGCAGGGAUUUUGUAACAGCAAAGUCUAAAGAGCUCAGUUACAGGAGAAAGAGGGCAGAGGAUAAACUUGCAUCCAGGAACAUGGAUAAAACCCUCUCCCACCAGGCUAUCGUGCAGCUCUCUGAGGAAGUCACUGCGCUGAAACAAGAAAUAAUUCCCCUGACAAACAAACUGGAACCUUACUUGGACUUAAGCCCUAGUCCAUCUCUUGCUCAGGUGAAAAUAGAAGAAGCAAAAAGAGAACUGGCUGCACUUGAUUCCCGACUUGAGAUGAAUGUGGAUUUCACACAGAAGUGAUUAUUAUUAAUUUUUUUUUUUAAUGAUAUAGUGUUUUGGAGUUGAUGUCUGUAAAUAUUUAAUGCUUGAAGAAUAAUAAAGUAAUAAUA